CUUUGCGAUAACAACUUUCAACUCGAUACCACCUGGAACAUAUUUUGUUAAGCAUGGCGACGUGCAAGUCAUUUGCGCGCCAAUUGCCGCGCUAUCUUCGUCGCCCCGCUACGGUGCCCAUAAUUCCCACGUCGAACCGGUUCGCUGGCAAGCUCCAAAAUCAAGCUUUCAUCCGUCGUGGAUAUGCUUCCAUCUCCGCCGCGGAGCUAAAGUUCGGUCAACCACUGCACGAGACGCAUCCGCAUUUGCUGGGUCCUGGAGAACUGACACCGGGAAUAACCGCCCUCGAGUACGCCCAUCGCCGCUCCAAACUCGCAAACAAGCUACCAAAGGGCUCGGUAGCUGUCCUCGCAGCCGCAGAGGUCACCUAUCGAGCUUCGGGAAUCUUUCACGAAUAUCGCCAGGAGUCCAACUUCUUCUACCUCACCGGCUUCAACGAGCCUAAUGCUCUAGCGGUCAUUGUGAAUGAUGGCUCGGGCGACAACCAUCUCUUUCAUUUAUACGUGCGGGAGAAGGAUCCCAAGGCCGAGCUAUGGGAUGGAGCUCGCUCAGGCACGCAGGCCGCUAUGGACGUUUUUAAUGCCGACGAGUCAGGCGAUAUCGAACGCAUCGGCGACAUUCUUCCCAAGGUUCUCUCGGACGCGACAGCGAUCUAUACGGAUAUCCCAGCCUUCAAUCCCGGAAGGUCAUCCUUACACCGAUAUCUAUACGGUCCCACGGGCGCGUCGCAGAAGCUGCAAAAGAUGAUUGAUGUACAAAAGGUCAAGCCACUACGCCCAAUACUCAACGAAAUGAGAGCCUUCAAGAGCGAGGAUGAGGUCGUCCAGUUGCGCCGGGUUGGUCAAGCGUCCGGAAGAGCUUUCACUGAAGCUAUGCGGCACACAUUCACAAAAGAAAAGGACUUGACAUCUUUUCUGGAGUACAACUUCAAGAUCAACGGCUGUGAUGGCAGUGCCUUCGUACCUGUUGUCGCCGGCGGCUCGAACGCUUUAAGCAUCCACUAUACAAGAAACGACGGCACGCUAAGGGAUGGAGACCUGGUACUAGUUGAUGGCGGCGGUGAGAUCGGUACUUAUAUAUCGGACAUUACUAGGACGUGGCCGGUCAACGGAAAAUUCACUGAUGCCCAACGCGAUCUAUACAAUGCGGUCUUGAACGUGCAUCGCAGCUGCGUCUCCCUUUGCAGGGAAUCUGCAGGUCUUUCUCUUGACCGCUUACACACCAUUGCUGAAAACGGAUUGAGGGACCAGCUGAAGCAGCUAGGUUUCGAUGUCUCGGGAGAUGCCGUAAGGACGCUCUUUCCACACCAUCUAGGACACUAUGUCGGACUGGAUGUCCAUGACUGCGGUGGAUACUCUAGGGGUUACGACCUGAAGGCCGGGCAAUGUAUCACCAUAGAGCCUGGAAUUUAUGUUCCCGACGACGACCGGUGGCCCGCGCACUUCCGAGGCAUUGGCAUUCGUAUCGAGGAUAGCGUCUGUGUUGGAGAUGACAACCCAAUUGUACUUACAACAGAGGCAGUAAAAGAGGUCCGUAUCCCUGGACUGGCGCUGGAUGCUAAGCGGUGGAAGUUGUGCUAACAUUCGAAUCACCCAGAUUGACGAUAUCGAGGCACUUCGAGAUUAGAUUUGGAAAGACUUGGAAAAGAAAUAGAUAGAUACCCAUUCGCAUAUUGUACGAUAGUCAAAACAUUGUAUGUUUACUUGGCGAGAUGCGCGGCGAUUGCUGCUGCGGUGUGGUGGGGGAUGGAUUCGGGCAGCACUGUAUAUUAGUCGAAAAUAACGAGGUCGAAACCAAGUAAUUCACGCGAACAAAUGGCUCCAGCUUUAAGAAUUCGACGGGGAUUGAUCAUGGUCGCGGUGGUUGCAAGAAUGGACG